AUGAUCAAUGACAGCUACUUUGGAGACUUUAUACUUCUUGGAUUCACAGGGCAGCCUAAAUUAGAGAUGAUCAUCUCUGGGGUUGUCUUUUUCUUCUACACCAUUGCCUUGAUGGGAAAUAUAGCCAUUAUUCUGCUGCCAAUACUGGAUAAACAUCUCCAAACCCCAAUGUACUUUUUUCUUAGAAAUUUGGCCAUUUUGGAUCUUUGUUAUACAACAAACAUAGUGCCACAGAUGUUGGUCAAUGUCUGGAGUAAAGAUAAGAAAAUCACUUUUGGCGGCUGUGCCUUUCAACUUUUCACUGAUGUGACAUUAUGCACGGUUGAAUGUAUGCUUCUCGCUGUGAUGUCUUAUGACCGAUUCAAUGCUGUCUGCAAGCCUCUGCACUAUAUGACUAUAAUGAACCCACAACUCUGUCAAGGCCUGGUGGCCAUGACUUGGGUAACUGGCAUCACUAAUUGCAUGAUACUUUCCCCCUAUGCUAUGAAUCUUCCUAGAUGUGGAAAUCACCACUUGGAUCACUAUUUUUGUGAAAUAUCUGCAAUGGUCAAGAUUGCAUGUGUGGACACCACAGCCAUGGAGGAAACUUUAUUUGCAUUGUGCUUUUUUAUUUUCCUUGCCCCACUUCUUCUUAUUCUUAUUUCAUAUGGCUUCAUUGCUAUAGCUGUGCUCAAGAUCAAGUCUGCAGCAGGAAGACAAAAAGCAUUUGGGACCUGUUCCUCACAUCUCAUUGUGGUAUCCAUCUUUUAUGGAACUGUUAUUUACAUGUACAUACAGCCAGGAAACAGUCCAAGCCAGCAUGAGGGCAAACUUCUCAGUAUCUUUUACUCCAUUGUUACUCCUAGCUUGAACCCACUGAUUUAUACACUAAGGAAUAAAGAGUUCAAGGGGGCCAUAAAGAGGCUGAUUGGAAAAUAA